UUUCUUUUAAAUCCUAGCCUUUAGCAAGAUUCCUUCAAUCCUGUCUUCAAAAGCCGUGUGUAUUGGAUAAAGGGGGAAAGUUAAACGGUAGAACCUCACUUCAGCCAUAAGCAUCGAAAAAGAGAAAAAACUAAAAACAGAAAGAGAGAUGGAGUGGAUCCAACACUUUAGCCAUAAGCAUCGUUUACUACUAAAGAAGUUCGACUAUGUAUUUUAUAUAGAAUGCGCUGCAUGUAGGGAUUAUCUCUCUGGCGACGUCUAUUAUUGCUACGAUUGUCAGUAUUAUCUUCAUGAAUCAUGUGCCAAGUUAGAGGAUGAGAUGGUGCACUUCCACCAUUCAUUUCACUUUCUAAAGCUGCACGGUAUUGCAGAUGUUAGGGCUUUCUAUUGUUCUGUGUGUCAAAGCCGUUAUCGGGGCUUCACCUACCAUUGCACCGACUGUAAUUUCAAAAUGGAUCUUCAUUGUGCACUCGAAUCAGAGAUUCGGUUACCAAUUCACGACCGCAGGCUAAAGCUACAGGUUAGUGAUACUGACACUGAACCAUCAUUUUUUUGCGAUUUCUGUCAUACUAGAUGUUACAGUCAUCGAGGACGGAGCUUACAUUGUGAGGAGGAUUGUAAUUUCAAGAUCGAUCUUGACUGUGCUCGAAUGCUUAUGAACCCUAAGUUCAAGCCCAUUCAACAUGUCAGCCACGAGCAUUGGUUGAUAUAUGAUGAUUGUAUAAAAGCUUGGGAUAGAAAGUACUGUGCAGCGUGCAGAAAAGUGUGCGACGGUGCUACCUAUUGUUGCAGGCCAUGUUAUUUCUUCCUUCACGAAUCAUGUGCCGAGUAUCCAGCGGAAAUCCAACUUUCUUCCUUGCAUUCAGAUCAUCCUCUUACGCUAAGCACUAGGAAAGAGAGGGAACGCUGCGAUUUCUGCAACCUUAUAUGCCAAGCCUUAACCUUCCGCUGUGACUUGUGUAAUUUCAAGAUUGAUUAUUUAUGCGCCAGUAUGCUUAUCGAACUCCAUAAACUUUCAAAGAUUGAUCAUUUCAGCCACCCCCAUUCCUUGUUCCUCCACAAUGGCAUUCAACUCAGUGGUAAUGCUAACUGCUAUGAGUGCAGGGAACAACUCUCAUUCUCUAGUCCAUUCUUUGAAUGCUCUGAUUGUGCUUUCUAUCUCCAUGAAUCAUGCAGUCUAGAUCUUAUCAUAUAUUAUAAAGAUUACAAUCACAUUCAAAACCACUUUCACAACCAUCCAUUGGAAAUCGUUUACUAUGAUAUAAAUGUCCCUGGCGUUGUUUGUUGUACUUUAUGCCGUAAAUGUUGCUUCGGGCCUACCUACGUUUGCUUCCUCUGCAACUUCUUCCUGCAUCGGUCCUGUCUAGAGCUCCUGGGAAGAAUUAAAAUCAGUCAAAAUUCCUUCCAUAAGCAUCCACUGAUAAUUGUUGAAAAUAAGGUCAAUGAUUCUGCUAGUUAUUUCUUUAUGAAUAAUGAUUUUCCUAGUUGCUCUGCUUGCGGUGAACCUUGUUUUGAAAAAUCCUUUGCUUGCUUGAAAUGCAAGUUCUUAAUCCACGAAUUAUGUCUUGAACUACCCCAUGAGAUUCAGAAUUUCUUCCACCCAUGCCCUCUAUCUCUACAACAGGAGACUACAAACUUUACAUGCAGAGCCUGUGAAAAAAGUCACUCCCAGUUUGCAUACCACUGUAAUAGAUGCCACUUUUACCUUGAUGUUGAAUGUUCCCUAAUGUUGACUAGAAGUUUUGAAGGCCAAAACUACAUUCUAAGUUACUACCACCAUCACCCCUUGAUCCUCUGUAACAAGGAAAGUAAUGAUCAUGUAGUUUCCUGCGAUGGAUGCAAUCAAGUCAUCUCUGGUGAAAUAUACGGUUGCAUCCAAUGUGAUUUCUAUCUGCACAGAUCAUGUGCUGCAGCCCCACAACAGAUUGAACACCCUUUUCACCCAAAUCACACUCUCACUUUGUUUUUUGAUGAAAAGUUGUUGUGCAGAGUCUCAAUUUUAAAAUCCUUGGAUAAGAAGGGGAAAGCGAAAUAUUUGAGGCACAAACAUUUCUCAAUCCACGAUGAAGAGGAGAUUGAAGUUUGCUGUGGUGUAUGUGACAAACACGUUUGUGGUCCAUUAUAUGAAUGCAUUAGAUGCAAAUUCUUCAUCCAUCAAGAUUGUAUUGAACCUGUAGAAGAAGGGCAACAUCCUUUUCAACCGCAUGAUAAUGAUAGUCUAAUUGGCGUAUCAAGAAAAACUCUUCCUAGAAAAAAAUUUACAUGUGAUGCUUGUUCUUGCAAGAGUUGCUUUGGUUUAUCCUAUCGUUGUGAAGAAUGCAGCUUUAAGUUGGAUGCUAAUUGUGCCUCAUUAAAGCCUUUGAUAAAGUAUAAAGGUCACAAGCAUCUCCUUACUUUCUUCGAGAAAGUAUAUCAUGAUCCUCAGUGUGAAGUUUGCUACUCUAGCUAUGCUGAUGUCUCCUAUUUGCGAUGUGUAGAGUGCGACUUCAAUGUCCAUCUCUGUUGUCUUCCACUGCCAAGUACCAUUAAGCAUAAAUGUCAUAUCGAUCCCCUUCACCUUAAAGAUUAUUUUGUGGAAGAUUAUUCAGGUGAGUACUAUUGUGAUGCUUGUGAAAACAGUAGAGACCCACUGGAAUGUGUUUAUCACUGUGCACGAUGCAGCAACUAUGUGGCACAUAUCAAUUGUGUGAUUGAUGAGGUCUUACUUUCACUAAGCGGGAAGUGUGGAGAUGUGGAGUUGAGAAUAGUAGAUAGACACAAUAUUGAUGUGAAGAUAUCAAAAAGAGGCUUGACCUUAAAAGAAAUAUUUAACUCUUCUAAUGAAGAUGGGGAAAGGGAAUUCGAAGAUGCAGAAGCUGCUAUUGUAGAUUUGGUUGAAGAGAUAAUAUCUAAAGCUGACUCUGGGAAUAGGGAUGGUAUUCUUGAAGGUUUGGUAAAUUCAGAUGAGGCAUUCAUACUGAUUUUAAAGAAUCUUGAAGAUUUGGCAAAUUCAGAUGAGGAUAUGACAUUUUUGGAAUUGGAAUCAGAAGUUGUAGAAGUCAGGGACUACAUGGUCUCUUGGAACUGUGCCCCGAUUCUAGAGUCCUUAUUUGACAAAUACAGGGAUAUUAGUGCAUGCUCCACUUCAAAUCCAAGGACAAAGACGUAUGUCCUUAACAUUGUUGGUGGGGUUGCACAAAGCGUGUGCAACACCAUGGUUAAGGACAUCACUGUUAAUUUACUUUUCAAUUGGUGGAAAAACUUUAAACUUGCGCAGCAUGUUGGGUUCAAUGUUCAGUUUGCCUUUGACCAUUUGUAUAAACUUGCGCAAGCUCAAUUUCGUAUGGAGGGUGAAUUUGAAGCUGACCCGGACCUUUUAAUUUCUCAAAUCAAGAUUGAGGACCUACCAACUAAAUUGGAGGUACUCAAAGAUGAACAAAAGCAGCUUAUACAAUCUAAAAGAAGAAAAUCAAUAUUAGAGAAGGAAUGCUUGAUUCAGUACAUGGAAUCAAGGUUGAUGCCUGCAGGGAUGGGUUUGCUGUGAUAUCAAAGUUGGAUGAGGAUUUUGUAAAAGCAUUAGCAGGUUCUUUUCUGGAAUCUUCAGUUUUCUUUUUGAGAUUUUAUUUGCAGUUUUGUGGUCCUUGUUGGUCUUGCUGGUCCUUGUUGAUCUUUCUUUUCUUUCUUCAAGGUAAAUUUGCAUUGAGAAAUAUUUGCAAUUAUUAAA